AUGGCAGACGUAGUCGGCCUGAUUCGCAGCAUCGUCGACGUCGCCAAUGCCGGCAUCAAGCUGUCAAUAGCCUUGUACACGUUCUCCGAGACAGUGGCCACCGCCCCCGACCAGAUCAAAAACAUCGCCCGUGAUGUGUCGCUGAUGGCCUCUGUCCUCGAAGAACUCGGAGCCGAUCUCAAACAGGAUGACCAGGCCAGAUUGUACUCUAUCUCGGCUGUCGAGUCGGCCAAAGACGUCGUGGCGGAAUGCGAGGGCGUGUUCAAGGAGAUUGACGCCGUUGUCGCGAGAGCAGUGGAGAGUGCAUCGAACAAUGGGCUGAAGAAGGAAGGAGGCAAGCUGGCUUUAUCUGCCACGGAUAGGCUCAAGUGGCCGUUCCUCCAGCCCGGGAUGGAGGUACUGCAAGGCAAUCUGGAGAGGCUCAAGAGCACGCUCGUGCUGAUGUUGAAUGUCUUGACUUAUGCGAGAGAUUUGAGAGCUGAAAAGAAGACGUCGUCCGAAGACGAAAAUGGAUAUCCGAGGACGCUGCUCGAAAACCUGCUCCGAGCAAAUGAAGAAACUACAAGGAAGUAUCAGCAUCUUCUCAAGACCAUCGGGCCCCAGGACAAGACUGUCGUCCUCGAGCACACCCAAUCCACGAAUUCAGGAGCCAGUGCGCCGGAGGCAUCCUCUGCCGACAGCCCGUUCACUGGGUUGUCCAAGAGCACGGUUUCAAACCAAGAUGUCGCCGUUUCAAGCCCUCAACAUAUAUUCCUUCCGCACCCCGAAUUUGAGUCGAGCAUCAGAGGGUGCCUCAAGCACAUCGAAAGGGCAUUGCUUCAAUUCGAGCAGUCAAGUUCUGUGGCUAGUCACAGCCAGCGGGUGGGAGUGCAUAUCGAAUUGGAGAAAGAAUUCAGCGACUCUCGACACGCUCCAGGGCGGCCAAACCCGUGGGCAGUCCUGUCCAUUGUUCGUAAAGAACAACGGAGUUGGCCUGAGCAGAACGAUACUCCAUUUCACGUGGAGUCAAACACCAGUGACGAUCUAGACAUGUACGCCAGUGUUGCAGCGGGCGCGCUCGAGAGCAUUAAUAUUGAGGACGAGGCCUUGACUGUCGUCCACAGAGUUCAGGAUCAACAUAGGGCUCAGGCUCAAAUAAUCGAUCCCGUCACAGUGGCAGAGAUGCGCGAGAGAGCCUCCCGGGGCGCGGUGACACUAGGCGCUUCGGAGAGCAAGACAGAGCCUUUGGACGCCUCGGCAGCGGGAUUCAGGAACAAGUCUACCAGAAAGCCGUGGUAUUCAUCUGUUUGGGAAUCUCUGCCUUCUCCAACGGCAGCGAUAGAUUCCAUUCAACAGACGGUAAAGAACUCUGGUCUGUUCUUCGGUGUGGAGGAGGAGUCUGAAAAUCCAGAUACUGUGCUUGAAUUCAACAAGCCGAGGGUUGGUGAUGCCGGUGCGUUACGACGAUUCGACUCGACUGGCCCUAAACUUGCAAGAUCCCCGACCUUCGAUGACAUCUUGAAGCCUCCUUCCCCUAUCAAAGGUCGACCAGCACCUUCCUUGCCAGCCACGAGCACAACUCAGGUCCCGGGCCUGGAAGGUGCAGGUAGAUCAGGUACAACAGCUCCUCUACCCGAGGCGGCCGUGGAAGUGGAAUCGACGCAGCAGGAGGCCACGAACCUUCCUUCAACCGAAGAUGCUGAGAAAGACACACACCCCCCUGCUACAAUGGGGGAGGGUUCAGCAGCAGUUCCUGUGUCGACGAACAGAACAGAAAGCCCACCCGCCGAGGCGGGACCAGACGAAUCUUUCAAAGACGAAGUAGAGUCUUCUGGCGAGGACAGAACGGGUAAGGAGGAGGAGGCUGCAGAAGGGGAGCCCGAUGCAAUCGAUAGGUUACUGAACGAAUGGACAACGCUGUAUACCGAGUAA